GAAGCGGGUUGUUUUCCUUAGCUGGUAGCCGUUAGCAUUUGAAGCUUCUGUGAAAGAUGCCCGUGUCUGUCAUGAUGGCUGAACUUGAUGAAAAUCUGCUGCUGCAGUUCGAAACUCAGGAGCUGGAGGCUCCUGGUGGCAUUGCAACACCUCAGGUGUAUUCACAGUUACUCGUCCUCUAUCUCCUACAUGACAUGAACAAUGCCAGAUAUCUUUGGAAGCGGAUACCCCAAGCAAUCAAGACAGCAAACCCAGAGUUAUCAGCUAUAUGGGCAGUAGGACAGCGUAUCUGGCAGCGAGACUUUCCAGGGAUCUACACUGCUAUUGCUGCAUACCAGUGGUCUGAAAACAUUCUUCCUGUGAUGGAAGCCUUACAAGAGUCCACCCGUAGCAGGGCAUAUGGGCUAGUAGCCCAAGCUUACACCUCAAUCAGUGCAGAUGACUUUGCUGCCUUUGUGGGAUACUCUGUAGAAGAGGCGGUGAAAGGUGUAGUCAGCCAUGGGUGGCAGGCAGAUCCCAACACCAGGAUGAUCAUGCCACAGAAACCAGAUCCGCCCCCAGUCUCACUGGUUCCAAACGAACAACAGCUGGCCAGACUUACUGACUACGUGGCUUUUCUUGAGAACUGAUAAGCACUUAGCUCUCUCCUAUCCACUUCCCCACCACCUCUCAGAUACUCUGUUUUAGGAAGGAAGCCUCCUCCUCCUUUCUUCUGGUGUCCAGGAAUCUGUCACACAAGCUCCCAGUGAAGGAACCUCCAUGUCUCUCUUUUCUCUUUUGCUUUUUGAACUCAUUUGAACAAGAUUUCCAAAUAGUUUUUACUUUUACAAAUUUGAUGUCCACUAUGGAGUGUGACACUGUUGUCAAAAUUGUAAAUUAUUAUUUUUCAUCAUAAAUACUUCACUAUAUCUACAUAAUGUAUGGGCCUCAUGUUUAUGAGAGCUGUUUGUGUUGUUUUAAUAUUACAGGUUAACAUUUGCUUUUUCUGCAACGUUUAUUUUUAUCCUUGAAUUUUGCACCUAAAAAAGCAAUAUGUUCUGAAUUUUUGGAGCAUAUCAUAAAGAUUUAGACUUCCUUGAUGUGGAACAUCAAAGAGUAAGAGAAUGUCUUUUCAAAGAAAUCCCUCAGCAAUCAAAUGAAUCACCAUAAUUGUCCAUGCUUGAUUAUAAUUUUAUCAACUCAUUUCAGACUUAGAACAUCUUACUGGAUGCUAUAUAUAAUUUGAAACCUCCGUUACACUUUGGAGGCCCUGUUUACAUAACCUGGAGCCACGCACUUUGUGUAAUUGUAAAUGUACACAAUAUUAUCUUGCGUUAUUGCAGUGAACAAAUGUUUUUGUUCAUUUUUAACCACUAAAUGAUUGUUUUGCUUCUUGAAGGUUACUUAAAGAUUUUCUUGACAUCUUCAGAGUGAAAAAUGAGACUGUAUUUAAGCACAUCUUUAUCAUCAGAGAAAGCUUAACUUUGAGAGCAAUUAAAGGGAUAGUUCACCCCAAAAUGAAAAGUCUCUCAUCAUUUACUCACCCUCAUACCCAGAUGUUAUUAAAGGGAUAGUUCACCCCAAAAUGAAAAUUCUAUUUUAGAAGGAAAUUUCAGCUCUGUAGGUCCAUACAAUGCAAGUGAAUGGUGACCAGACCUUUCAAGCUCCAAAAAUCACAUAAAGGCAGCAUAAAAGUAAUCUACAAGACUCCAGUGGGUAAAUCCAUAUCUUCAGAAAUAUUAUAAUAGGUGUGUGUGAGAAACAGAUCAAUAUUUAAGUCCUUUUUUUACUAUAAAUCUCCACUUUCACGUUCACAUUUUCACAUUCUGAAAGUGGAGAUUUAUAGUAAAAACCGUUUUAAAUAUUGAUCUGUUUCCCACCCCAAGUGAUUGCAUCGCUUCAGAAGAUGUACAGUAUAUUUUAUUUAUUUAUUUUUUAUUUUCUCCAUUUUUCUCCCCAAUGUGGAAUUCCCAAUGUGCUCUUAAGUCCUCGUGGUGGCGUAGUGACUCGCCUCAAUCCGGGUGGCGGAGGACGAAUCUCAGUUGCCUCCGCGUCUGAGACCGUCAAUCCACGUAUCUUAUCAUGUGGCUUGUUGAGUGCGUUACCACGGAGACAUAGCUUCACGCUAUUCUCCGCGGCAUCCACGAACAACUCACCAUGCGCCCCACUGAGAGCGAACCGCAUUAUAGCGACCACGAGGAGGUUACCCCAUGUGACUCUACCCUCCCCAAAAACCGGGCCAAUUUGGUUGCUUAGGAGACCUGGCUGGAGUCACUAAGCACACCCUGUUUUCGAACUUGCAAAUCCAGGGGUGGUAGUCAGCGUCUUUUACUCGCUGAGCUACCCAGGCCCCCAGACAUACAGUAUAUUAAACCACUGGAGUUGUAUGGAUUACUUUUAUGCUGCCUUUAUUUUUGGAGUUUCAAAAGUCUGGCAACUAUUCACUUGCAUUGAAAGGACAUCCAGAGCUGAGAUAUUCUUCUAAAAAUCUUUGUUUGUGUCCCGCAGAAGAAAGUUAAACACACCUGGGAUGGCAUGAGGAAGAGUAAAUUAUGAGAGGAUUUUCAUUUUUGGGUGAACUAUCCCUUUAAUAGGAAUGUGACACUUUGUCAUUGGUAUACUUUAUAAUAGGUUUUUGAUUUUAUUUUAGACUUACAAUGUAGGAUUUGAUGAUUGCAUAUGUGUCUGUGAUAAUGUGGAACAUUUAAGUCAACCAACAGUAGUGGAGGUGCUCAUUUUCGGAGGCACACAGUUGUAUUUAAAAUGUUUCCACUGUUUGACAAGUAUCUGGUUGACAGUGCAUCUGUGUCUGUCCGCUUUUCAGAUGUUUUGAACCCCCUCUUCAGUUUCUUACACAUUGUGGGUUUGAAAAACAAGAGGAAACAUUCCAGCUGUUGGCCACUGUCACAUCAUUUUUAGCAUGCAAAUAAAAGUGUGCUCCUUCACAUGUGCUGAAACUACAGUUGCACAUGGGACCUAGAAAAUACAUAUUGUCUCUUUUACUGUUGAUUGGUUUAUAUGCAUAUCUUACUUGGCAUGUUCUCUUUUUUUGACUUUUUGAAAUAGCACCAACAUGAUCUUAUUUUUAACAUAGCAGAUGCUUUUUUUAAUAUUACAGGACAAUAUUAAACUUGUGUCCCACCCAAAGGCAUAAUGGUGAGAGAAAGAGCAAGAUCUCAGGAACUCUAAGUUCAUUCUUUCCCUAGCUGAAAUUCAAAACUGCAUCAUCCAGCAGCUUUGAGCCUUAAACAUUAUUCUACUACUAGGGUGUUUUAUUCUCAAAAUCUGAACUUAAGCUUUGCUUUUGAUUUCCAGCAUGAUUCUUUAUGCUAUAAUACGACUAAACAUAUUAGUGAAAUAUUGAAAAAUAUCUCUCUUGAUUCUGCAUGGAUUUCCUUUGGACGUUAUUACACUGUGACUGGUAUUGGCAGUGUUUCUUUGUGUAAACUGAAACCUGGCAGUCCUGAGAGAUGAAUGUAGCCAUAUGGCCUCCACACUAGUCCAGCUCGGGCAAAAUGGUACUACUAAAACUAGGGACCUUGUUUUAAUUGUCAUUUGGACUAGCCUAAUUUUUUUUAUAUACUUAUUUUAAAAAAUAAGUAUAUUUUUUGCUGUUUGAGCAAAAUAAUCUAUAUUGCAUAAAACUUCAAAAGGAGUUUUUAUGUCUAAUGUGAUCUGUCGAUGAUCUGAGAUCACCAUUGAGCAUCUUGACCUUACAUUACAAUAAACAGAAAUAAAUGCAGACCAGAUGAACUUUGUAGUCUUUGUCAAUGAGAACGGUCAGAGUUCACAGACAUCCUCACUGGAGCAGCUGGUGUGCGUGUGUGAAUCUCAGCUUUUUCUUUUGGACACUAAUGAAUGUCCCCUUCCAGGUUUUGAAAAUGUUGCUUUUUUCUAUGCUUAAUUCCUCUGGUCUGUUUGACAAAUAACAAAUCAGCAUUGUUAUGGUACAGGGUUUUUCUUAGACCUUUGGUGUCUCUCAAAGAAAAUGAGCACCCCUGAGGUAGGUUAACAAAGGCCAGGUCGUACUGCUUUUUAAACAGAUGUUUAAGUGCUAUAGUUGACAUUCCUAAUGAGGUCACUUUUUCCCAAGGGUUAAGGGUUAUGUCUGUAUCUCAUCAUGUUACAUGCGUAGAAGGUGAGGUGUGGAAGAGGUAAACGGGUCUUGAAUCCUUCACUUGCCUCAGUUUCUAAAUGAUCUAAAAUUAUUUAGCUUAUACAUUCCUUUUUGAGGACAAUGUAAACAUUGUGUCAGUGAUUCAUAUUACCCAGUGCUGAAGCCGGUCUUGAGAGCAUCUAAAUAGUUUUUUGCAAUGGCAUAUUUCAGAUUCAACCAGAUGGUUUGUCAUUUGUUUAUUACUGUGAUUAUUUUUUGAAUGUCAUUGGAUUAGUGUUUGAAUAACUUGAAAUUAAUAUACAGUUGUGCUCAAAAGUUUGCAUAUCCAUGGAGAAUUGGUAAUAUAUGUACCAUUUUUAAAGAAAACAUGAGUGAGCAGGCAAAACACAUUUAUUUCUUAUGGGAUUCAUAUUCAGCUGUAGGUUAUAACAGAAUGGCACAAUCAUAAAACAAAAUAUGGCAACAAAGAAAAAAAUGAAAUGACCCCUGUUCAAAAGUCUGCAUACCCUUAGUUCUUAAUACUGUGUAUUGUCCCCUUUAGCAUCAAUGACAGCAUGCAGUCUUUUGUAAUAGUUGUCUAUGGCCAACUAUGUUAUGGUAUGACUAUGGUAACAAGGCCAAACAUUCAAGGGUAUGUAAACUUUUGAUCAGGGCCAUUUGGGUGAUUUCUGUUAUCAUUAUGUUUUAAAAAGGAGCCAAACAACUAUGUGAUAAUAAAUGGCUUCAUAUGAUCACUGUCCUUAAAUAAAAGACUAAAGAAUAGAAUAAAAGACAUU